CCUCUAGCAGUUUAUGCUGUGCUAUCUGUCUUCCUCAUUUGUGUGUUUUCUGAGUCAGCAUUAGCUAAAUUUUCCAGAAAGCAAUCCACAAAGUACAGCCUGGGCAUUUAAGGGACGUCACUCAUUUCCCCCAGUGACCUUGACAAGUCAGAAGCCUGAAAGCAGGGAAAUCCGGAUGUCUCAGUUAUGAAAUGAAGCAGUGGGGCUCCAAUAUAUUUCCAGAAGACUCCAUCUAGCCUGGUGAUUGCCUGCUUCUAUUACUACCAGUGACCACCCAGGGUGCUUCUCUGGCUCAUAAGGGAUUUGCAUAAUGGCCAAGUGCUUCAGCCUGAUGUUGCUUCUUGCCUCCAUCUGGACCACAAAGCUCCUGGUCCAUGGCUCUCUCCGUGUAGAAGAACUUUCCAUCUCAGCACCAUGCAGAAUUGUAGGGGUCACCCUUGUGAACAAAAAGACAACCCAGCAGCUGAAUUUCACAGAAGCCCAGGAGGCCUGUAGGCUGAUGGGACUAACUUUGGCCAGCAAAGACCAGAUUGAAGCAGCAUGGAGGUCUGGCUUUGAGACUUGCAGCUAUGGAUGGGUUGCAGAUAAGUUUCUGGUCAUCCCUCGGAUUCUCCCGAACCCCAAGUGUGGGAAGAAUGGGAUGGGUGUCCUGGUUUGGAGAAAUUCACUCAGCAAAAAGUUCUUGGCCUACUGCUACAACUCAUCUGAUACUCGGAUUAACUCAUGCUCUCCAGAAAUUAUCACCACCAAAGAUCCCAUAUUCAACACUCAUGAGGCAACAUACACAACAGAAAUGAUCACCAGUGACAGUGCAUACUCGGCUUCAUCUACUGUUGCACCUUACUCUACUACACCUACUCUUGCUCCUACUUCUGCUUUGGCCUCCACUUCUCGACGGAAAAGAAAGUUGAUUUGUGUAACAGAAGCUUUUGUGGAAACUAGCACCAUAUCUACAGAAACAGAAUCUUACAUUGAAAAUAAAGCAGCAUUCAAGAAUGAAGUUGUUGGGUUUGGAGGUGUCCCCACGGCUCUGCUAGUGCUUGCGCUCCUCUUCUUUGCUGCUGCAGCUGGUCUUGCAGUUUGCUACAUCAAAAGGUAUGUGAAGACCUUCCCUUUUACAAACAAGAAUCAGCAGAAGGAAAUGAUUGAAACCAAAGUAGUAAAGGAAGAGAAAGUUGAUGAUAGCAAUCCUAAUGGAGAAUCAAAAAAAGCUGAUAAAAAUUCAGAAGAGCCCAAGAGUCUGCCCAAAACUACAGUGCGAUGCCUGGAGGCUGAAGUUUAGAAGAGAAAGAAAUGAGAGGACACACCUGAGGCUGAUUUCUUUCCUGAUUCAUAUCCUGGCCCUAGAUGGGGAAACUUAAAGGGCCAAAGAACCAAACAAGAAAGUCCACCCUUGGUUCCUAAAUGGAAUCAACUCAGGGCUACUUUUGGAUUAUGGAGUUCACCAAACGGAAUUCCCUUCUUACUGCAAUCCUUUCUGGAUCCUCCUACCUCCAAAGCUUCCCACAGCCUUCCUAGCCUGGCUAUGUCCUAAUAAUAUCUCUGUGGGAGAAAGGAGAUUUACAAACCACAAGAACCUAAAACAGCUAAUCAGAACGCAUUUAUAAAGAGGCUUCUCAGCUGGAUGACAAGAGGUGCGUUGAGAACCAAGAGAUUGUUGAGACCAAGCUUUUCUCUAUUGAUUCCACAGGCCAGAUCCUUUCUUCAGCUCUGAAAAAGUAACAUGCAUCACCUGGCAUGCCCUUCUGAGCCAGGCAAGAACAAAAGAAGGAAGGAAAAGUUCAGCAACUGAAGGUCAUGGACAUUCCCAUGACUUGAGACCUGAUCUCUGUAAAGCCAAAAUAAGUAGAGAAAAAGAAUGAGGCCAAGGAUGUUGCCAGCAUAUUGUCAGCAGGGACUAUAAGUACAAACAGGGUCAAAGUAGUCAUCUCUGAAUAAUCUGAGUUGGAAUCACUUUUUAGAACACACUUUCUUUUCUCUCUCUCUCUCUUGCUGCUGCCAUUUUUUCUAGAAGUACAUAAUUUUAUAAAGGAACCCCCCCAAUCUCUUACAAUUUUUUAUUUUUAUCGGAGCUGUAUCUGGGAAAUUAGUACUGAAGAAAAUUACUGUAUUAAAAGGCAGUAGAAUUUAACAAACAUUUAUUGAAUUCCUACUAUAUGUCAGGUGCUGGGUAAGGUAUUAUAUUCUAUAAUAGAAUAUUAUUUAUCAAAAACUUACAAACAAUAAAAUGUAUGAAGCUAAUUUUUUCAGUUUUGAUAUCCUUAGCUUAUCUACUUGCAAAACUAAUUUUUUGCUAAGACUAAUCCAUUCACUAUUUUCUCUAAUAUGGCAGCCACUAUAACCUUAAUUUAUUAUUAACAUACCUAAAAAGUACAUUAUUACCUCUAUACACCAAAGCACAUUUUGAAAGCGUCAUUAACAAAUGUAUUGCCAGUUCUUUUAUCAGCAAGAAGGGCUCAAGAGGUGCAGAAAUAUUUGUGUCAAAAAAAAAUAAAAGCAUUUAGAAAA